ACGUACCUAAGUCUAAAUAGUUUCUUUCUAAGCUUUUUUUAACGGCUGAACUUUACUGGUCCUUUAUUUAGUAUAGUUCUUAUGCUUUUAUUCUUAGAAAUACACAGAAACUACACUAAACAUCUUAUCUGUGAAUUUCUUGUUAAUCGCCAAAUAUUUACAGGAUUUAGAGCCAAAAUGAGAGAGAUAUUGUUACUAGUAAUAGCAACGGUCGCUGUAGUUUCUGGGGUGGAUGAGUGGUGGCACUCGGCUAUCAUUUAUCAGAUAUACCCGCGGUCCUUCAAGGAUAGCAAUGGAGAUGGGGUCGGAGACAUAAACGGAAUUACAUCAAAGUUACCAUACUUGAAGGACAUUGGAGUGGAUGCGAUAUGGCUAUCCCCAAUAUUCCUAUCCCCAAUGUUAGACUUCGGAUACGACAUCACAGAUUACAAAAAAAUUGCGCCGGAGUAUGGCACUAUGGAAGAUUUUAAUAGACUAAUGGCAGAGGCUAAAAAACUGGGUCUCCGUGUGGUAUUAGACUACGUGAUAAACCACACGAGUAACGAGAGCGAAUGGUUUAUCAAAUCUACGCAAAGAGACCCCAAUUACGCAGACUAUUACAUUUGGGCCCAUGGCAAACCGGACCCGAAGAAUCCUGACUAUUUAGGACCUCCCAACAACUGGGUGAGCGUUUUCCGCAAGAGUGCUUGGGAGUACAACGUCCAGCGAGGUCAGUACUACUUGCACCAGUUCGCCGUUGGGCAGCCCGACCUUAACUUCCGCAAUGCAAAGGUGGUCGAAGAAAUGAAGGACGUUCUUCGUUUCUGGCUGGAUAAGGGAGUUUCUGGCAUCCGUAUUGAUGCUAUCAAUCAUUUAUAUGAAGUGGACCCGGCGAACUAUGAUGGGCAUUACCCUGAUGAGCCCCUCUCAGGCGCGCCUGGAGCUACUCCAGAAGACUAUAAUUACUUGAACCACAUCUAUACCAAGGACCAGAAUGAAACUUAUAAUAUCGUUUACGAUUUGAAAGUCGUUCUUGAUCAGUAUACUGAAAAACAGAAUGAUUCCAAAAUCAUACUAACCGAAGCCUAUGCAGAUUUGCCCAAAAUCAUGCGCUACUAUGGCGACAAGAACCACAAUGGUUCAGUUCCUUUCAAUUUCUUCUAUCUUACUGAACUGAACAAUAAGUCAAACGCAAGAGACAUGAAGAUGACCAUUGAUAAGUGGAUGACACAUAUGCCUACUGGGAAGGUGGCUAACUGGGUGAAUGGCAAUCACGAUCAAAGUCGACUGGCUUCAAAAUUCGGUAUCGACAGGGUUGAUGUUAUGAACAUGCUGGCUCUCGUCCUGCCUGGAAUUACCAUUACGUAUCAGGGAGAAGAAAUCGGGAUGACAGAUGGUCAUGUGAGCUGGAAAGAUACUAAAGAUCCUCAGGCUUGCAACACGGAAGACCCCAUAAACUACUGGAAGAGUAGCCGCGACCCCGCGCGUACUCCCUUCCACUGGGACGCGUCCGCCAACGCGGGCUUCUCCACCGCCAGUGCCACCUGGCUGCCCGUCGCCGACAACUACCAGACUGUCAACGUCGCCGUUGAGAAGGCAGCCGCUAAGAGUCACUACAAGUUCUACAAAGAACUGGUUGCUGUCAAGCGUUUGCCUGCCGUCCGCUCUGGGGACCUAGAAGUACGCGCAAUCUGUGAAAAUGUUCUGACUGUUGCUCGGUUCCUGCCAGGGCACCCCGUAGUGGUGGGUGUCAUCAAUCUGUAUGACGCUGAGAUCCCCGUGGAUCUCAGCGAUCUACACUUGCUGCCUCGUGACCUACAGGUGGAAGCUUCCGGAACUUACUGCAAAUUGGAGAAAGGAGACAAAAUUCAAAAAGGUAGGGUAACAAUGUCUCCACACUGCGCCCUGGUCCUGUCAUCAUCACAGAAUUGCUGUUCAGCACCCAAAUGAAUAUCACGCCCUAUGAAGUAUGGGACGUUUAAACGUCACAAACGAAUAUAUCUGUAUAAAAAGAAGUUACUUACAAUUCCCUGCAUUACGUAAUAUGUUUACCUUAUCAAAAUAUACGCUGUGAUUUGAUAUAAGCGUUGUUUUUUA